CGUAACAAAACGGAGAGACAGCUAUGUCAAUCACUGAUCCUUGUUAGGCUAAAUUGAUUUUUCACAGAAACCCAUUUCGAUUAGCUUUAUCUCGAGCAAUACCCAUUUCUUAAUUUCUUCUUUUUACAAAUCAUGAAAAAGUUCAGGUAUUUCAGGCUGGGACGAAAGCUAGUGAGGGUUUUCAAAUGGAUUAUCCGACCCAGAAGAAAGAAAACACGCUACCACUCCUCGGAUCAUCGGACCCGGCAGAACCCAAUUUCCAAAAUCUGCGAUUUUGCUCAGUACAUGCGACGCCUCUGUUGUUGCAAUUCGGAUUCGGGUUACAUAACACUGGGUCAACAACAUGAUCCGGUACCGGCGGUUCCGAAGGGACAUCUGGUUGUGUACAUCGGACAAUUGGGAGGAGAGCCGAAGAGAGUGGUGGUGCCAGUGAUGUACUUUAACCACCCGUUAUUUGUAGAUUUGUUGAAGGAAGCGGAGCGGGUGUACGGGUUCAAUCAACCUGGUGGGAUCACGAUACCAUGUGAAAUAUCAGAGUUUGAGAGAGUGAGGACUAGAAUUGCUUCGUGGCACCAUUACCGGCGGCGUAAAAGUACGUGGAGGCUGAUACCAUUGUCAUGUCAACAAACCUAAUAGAUCGAUGUUUUGUUGUUCGAUUCAUGACCAAUGAAGAAGCCAAUGAAGAAGAUUCCGUCCACUAGUUUGUGUAAAUACUCGUCCUUUUUUUGUUUUUUUGGUUCAUCAUCUCUGUGCAUUCCAAUCGAACCAAUUCAAGUUUUUUUCCAAUUUGAAACAAAACUUGGUGUUUUGGAAUCAUUUUCCUAUGAAAUGUUUGACGGAGCUGCCGGAACUAGCAAAUUAGUUCACCAAUUCAUGAUUGAUAAUUAUAGUCAUAGAAAUCAUGGGGUAUGAUUUAAACCAACAAUCUUUACCUUGAGUCUUCGGAGGUCAGAGCAAAUUAUUAAAAAA